AUAAAUAAGGCAAAAUAACAGUGCGUACGUUAGCACAUAGCCUUCUUACAGUUGCAUACUUGGAGACGGUACUACUUUCCAUAGUGGAACCAGUUCCAUAUCUCCCCCUCUCUAAACUCUCACAUCCCUACUUUUUCUCCGUUUACGACCUUACGGUUUCCGCUAGGGUUUGAUUCGAGCUAAAACGAGAACCGUAAUUGCGAUAAUGGCGACAAUGGAGAGCUUGAUCGGUCUUGUUAACCGUAUUCAGAGAGCUUGCACUGCUCUCGGAGACUAUGGUGGCGGAGACACCGCCUUUUCUUCUCUCUGGGAUGCUCUUCCGUCUGUUGCCGUCGUUGGCGGUCAGAGUUCAGGGAAAUCUUCGGUGCUAGAGAGCAUUGUUGGGAGAGAUUUUCUUCCUAGGGGAUCUGGGAUUGUUACAAGGAGACCUUUGGUGUUGCAGUUACACAAAACGGAGGGCAGACAAGAGGAGUAUGCAGAAUUUGGACACAUGCCGCGUAGGCGAUUCACUGAUUUUUCUUUGGUACGGAAGGAGAUUCAAGAUGAAACAGACAGAAUCACGGGGAAGUCUAAACAAAUAUCUCCAAUUCCAAUCCAUCUCAGCAUCUACUCCCCCAACGUUGUCAACUUAACUUUAAUCGACUUACCAGGAUUGACCAAAGUUGCAGUUGAGGGACAACCUGAAUCUAUAGUUGAAGACAUUGAAAAGAUGGUUCGAACUUACGUUGAGAAGCCCAACUCCAUCAUACUGGCAAUUUCUCCAGCCAACCAAGAUAUAGCAACAUCUGAUGCAAUGAAACUUGCCAGGGAGGUGGACCCAUCGGGUGAGAGAACGUUUGGGGUGUUGACCAAGCUUGAUUUGAUGGACAAAGGAACAAAUGCAUUGGAUGUCCUUGAAGGAAGGGCUUAUCGGCUUCAGCAUCCUUGGGUGGGAAUUGUAAAUAGAUCCCAAGCUGAUAUCAACAAGAAUACUGAUAUGAUUUAUGCAAGGCGGAGGGAGCGGGAGUAUUUUGCCACAAGUCCUGAUUAUGGACACCUGGCAAGUAAAAUGGGUUCUGAGUAUCUGGCUAAACUUCUCUCACAACAUUUGGAAUCCGUAAUCAAAGCUAAAAUACCAGGCAUCAUUUCACUCAUAAACAAAGGUAUUGAUGAGAUGGAAGCAGAGUUAGACCAUCUUGGCAGACCAAUUGCAAUUGAUGCUGGGGCUCAACUUAACACCAUCUUGGAACUUUGUCGUGCUUUUGACAAAAUAUUUAAGGAACAUCUAGAUGGAGGCCGACCUGGAGGUGACCGGAUAUAUGGAGUGUUUGACCUCCAACUUCCUGCUGCUUUAAGGAAGCUUCCGUUCGAUAAGCAUCUUUCUCUACAAAAUGUGAGGAAACUUGUUUCAGAGGCAGAUGGUUAUCAGCCACAUUUAAUUGCUCCCGAACAAGGUUAUAGACGACUUAUUGAGGGAUCGUUGAAUUAUUUUAGGGGACCAGCAGAAGCGUCUGUAGAUGCAGUGCAUUUCGUCCUAAAAGAACUCGUGAGGAAGUCAAUUGGAGAAACUGAGGAAUUAAAGCGGUUUCCAACCCUGCAAUCCGCUCUUGCUGCUGCUGCUGGUGAAGCGUUGGAAAAGUUCCGUGAUGAGAGUAAAAAGACAGUCAUUAGAUUGGUAGAAAUGGAGUCUUCAUAUCUAACUGUCGAUUUCUUCCGGAAGCUUCCCCAAGAAGGGGAGAAAAUGGGGCCCACUCCUUCACCUGGAGACCGUAGAACCUCAUCUGCUGACCGCAGAAAUCCACCUGGUUCAGACCAUGGAAUCCCUGGUCCAGAUCGUGUGAACCUGUCUGACCCAUUAGUGGAUCGAUAUGCAGAAGCACAUUUUAGACGAAUCGGGUCAAACGUUUCAUCCUAUAUUGGUAUGGUAUCAGAUACACUCAGGAGCACAAUUCCGAAAGCAGUUGUUUAUUGUCAAGUUAAAGAGGCUAAGCAAAAUCUGUUAAGUUACUUCUACAUGCAAAUAGGAAGGAGGGAGGGUAAACAGCUGGCAGAGUUGCUAUAUGAGGACCCAUCAUUAAUGUCAAGGAGACAAGAAAUUGCCAAAAGACUUGAAUUGUACAAGGCAGCACGAGAUGAGAUCGAUGCUGUUGCAUGGGUGCGAUAGCGAUGUUUGCUUGAAAAAAAACAUAUCGUACCAGGUUCUUUCUGGUCAUUGAAUUUGUAUACAGUAUUAUUUCGUAAUGCUUUCAUGCGUAGUUCGCGUUUAUGUUUUGGCU